AUGAUAGACAAGCUGGGUAUUAACUUCAAUUCUGAGGUGGUCAAAUGGAAAGAGGAGGUAGAGUUCCGGUGCAAGGUCAAUAGGUGUAUCUCACUGAUAAAGGAGGAACUAGACCAUAGCAAUGAUCAGGCUUUUGACAAUGCAGAUCUGAAAAAGCGAGUAGAGACCAAGUUGAAUCAUCCUCUUGAUAUUAGUGUUUUAAAGAAAUCAGUUGACCUGGUGAACAAACUACAAAAAGAUCAGAGAACGAGAACACAACAAGUGGAGGAUUGGCAUACAGUACGGACUUUGUACCAGGUUCUUUAUGACAACUUCUUUGAUGUACAAUCUGCUGGAGAUGUGGGCUCUAUGGCUUCAAACAUGAAUGUCAUCAACUGUAGCAACGAAAAAACUCCCAAAGCAGAAGACAAUUAUAACAGCUGCAAGGAGUAUGUUGAUAUGGAGACAAGUGCGCUAAUAGUGGCAGCUGCAUUAAAGUACUUUGGACUUGAGAACCUCAACAGCCCUGCAGAAGAGUUUAUUCCCCCUUUAAUCCUUAAUGGAAGCGAUCAGCAGAAGAGAAAGUGGCUCCAUUAUCAUGUGAAUACCCUCCUGGAGAAGUUUGUGAUGAUUGAACAAGUAAAGGUCCAUGACGACAUGCGCCCUGCUGUUGCAGCUGCCAAUCUGCGUGUAACACGUGCUCAGUAUUUCUGUAGAGUUUGUGAUAAAUCUUAUGUAUAUAUGAAAUCAAGAGAUAUGCAUGAACUCAAGGCUCAUGGAGUGACCUAUUUGGAGAGACAGCAGAACAUGAAGGAAGAUGCAGAGACUAGAGAGUCCAAUGAAUCAAGUGAUGACAGUUUACUUGCAGAUGAACCAUUGUAUUUUCAAUGAUAAACAAUAACCAAGGAGGGUUUGAUUGACAUUCUUUGAAGAAGAGACGUCACAAAGGUGCGUUGGCACCAGCAAGCGCGUCAUGUCAAAAAAGCGGGAAACUGAAACUGACAGCACAGGUAUCCCAAGCUCUAGGUUUGUUUCUUACUGUUUCUGCUAUAAGGCUUUGUACGAAUUAAUGUAAUUAAUAAAUUAAUGUAUGAAUUACUAA